AAAAAGGGAGUGUAGUCGCCCAUUUCUUCCAUCUUCAUCUCUCUCUCUACGCUUCGGUCACCUUUAUAUCUACGAAGACGCAAUUUGAAUUUAGUGUAGGAUUAGGAGUUUGAAUUUUCAAUCGGGGACAAAAUUGAUUCAAUUCCGUGAAAAGCGGCGGGCGGUUUGAAUUUCAUGUUGAUGGCGUCGUCGAAGGUGAUCGCGUCCAGGUCACCGCCCAAUUCGGAUCUUCCGCGUGACUCCCCAACCUCCUCCAUAAAUAUCCACUCCGAUCAACCACCUAGGGGUUUCGGCUCCAUGAAUAUGGACGAAAUCUUCCGCAACAUCUACCCCGAUUCCGCCUCCUUCGACAGCGCCGGCGACGGAGGAGCGAUGAAUGGCAAGACGGUGGAGGAGGUGUGGAGGGACAUGGUCACCGGCGGAGGCGACGCUCCGAUGACGCUGGAGGCUUUCCUGACGAAGGCGGGGGCCGUGAACGAGGAGGACGUUGGGGUUCCGCCGAUGCCGCCGCCGGUGAUGAUGAAUCCUGCGCCGGGGGUUCCGGCGGCGGGGUGCGUGCAGAGUGUGAUCGGUGUGGAGUUUGGGAGCGGGAGGGGGAAGAGGAGGGCGGCGGCGGAGGAAGUGCCUCUGGAUAAGGCGACUCAGCAAAAACAGAGACGGAUGAUUAAAAAUAGGGAGUCUGCUGCUAGGUCGAGAGAGCGGAAGCAGGCUUAUACCGUGGAGAUGGAGGCUCAGGUGACAAGCCUAGAGGAGGAACAUGAAAUGCUCUUGAGACAAGAGGCUGAAAUGAACAGGAAGAGAUACAAGCAGGCUAAAGCAAAUGUAUUCUCUAGACCAUGUGCAUAUGAAGUAACACAUGUAUUUUGAGUGUCUUUGGUUUCUAAGGUAGUCAAGCUCAUGGAGAACUUAAUUCCGGUGGUAGAGAAGCGAAGACCUCCAAGAGUUCUGAGGAGCACACGCUCCAUAUAACGGUGGAUGUUGUGGUUGGCAAUGACAAAGUUUAUAGGGAAGUAGGUCUUGGCCUGCCAUGGCGGAGCUCCAGCAAUGUCGCGAGAGGUCGUUCUGGCAUGAGCUAGAUGGAUAGUUAGCUACAGAUGUGGUAGCUACAGACAUGUAAAUCAAAAGCAGCACACUUUAAAAUUUUAAAACAAAACAGUUUCUCUAAUUACUGGAUUCAUAUUAAUUAAAUUUGCUAGUAGUAGAGUAUUUCUA